CCAGGACUGGUAUUUGCCCAUGUGUCCCUUGAGGACAGACCUGGUCGCCCCCAUGAGGGAUCUUCUUCAGUACGUCGCCUGCGUCUUUGCUUUUUUCUCUGCUGGGUUUUUGAUUGUGGCCACCUGGACAGACUGCUGGAUGGUGAAUGCUGAUGACUCCCUGGAGGUGAGCUCAAAAUGCCGGGGCCUCUGGUGGGAGUGCGUCACAAACGCAUUUGAUGGGAUUCGCACCUGUGAAGAUUACGAUUCUAUACUUGCGGAACACUCCUUGAAACUGGUAGCAACUCGAGCAUUGAUGAUUACUGCAGAUGUUCUCUCUGGGUUUGGAUUUAUCACCCUACUCCUUGGUCUUGACUGCGUGAAAUUCCUUCCUGAUGAGCCAUACAUUAAAGUCCGCAUCUGCUUUGUUGCUGGAACCACACUACUAAUAGCAGGUGCCCCAGGAAUCAUUGGCUCCGUGUGGUAUGCUGUUGACGUUUAUGUGGAACGUUCUUCUCUGGUUUUGCACAAUAUAUUUGUUGGCAACCAAAAUAAAUUUGGUUGGUCCUGUUGGCUUGGAAUGUCUGGGUCUCUGGGUUGCUUUUUGGCUGGAUCUGUCCUCACUUGCUGCUUAUACCUCCUUAAAGACGUUGGACCUGAGAGAAACUCUCCUUAUUCCAUGAGGAAGGCCUAUUCAACUGCUGAAUAUGUUGCCCCUCGGUCAGAGACUGCCAAAAUGUAUGCUGUAGACACACGGGUAUAA